AUGCAGUUUUUUUCUUGUACUUCAAGCUUGAGUCCAUCAAAGAAAAUGCUCUUGAAUCGUGACUUUUGUAUCUUUCCUCAGAAUUGUAAGGGCCAGGAUCCAGCCAUGGCUGAUGCACAGAUCAGUGGGACAUGGCACAGAGGGUUUCACAGGCACAAUUUGCAAUAUGCAAUGCUAGAAGGAUAUGCUAAUAGCAAUCCUACACUUGUAUCACCAACCACUAAGGCAAUGACCUGGCCCUGA